GAGAUUAAAUAUCAGCCGUUGGAUCUCUAUGGUGUAGUAUAUACACCGAGGUAGAUUUCUCCAAUCCUUGUACCGACGCGGAGGCCUCGGCAAAUUCUCCUGUUCCCAAAUCCCCAACUUCAGUUGAUCUACGAGAGGCGGUGGCGAAGCGGGUUGUUGUGGUCUUCGCCGCCUCACGAAACAAGAGAGAGAAGAAGAAGAAGAAUUAUAUAUAUAAAAAAAUCACUCUCUUGUCGUAGUUUCUGCGUGCUCGAAGUACACAAACGAAAAGGGAAGAUAAAACGGAAAAUAAAAGAAAUUAGGGCAUCGGCGUUGCAUGGCGUAUUCGUGUUGCCUGUCGGCACCCUCGCUCGCCGGACCAUCACCGGCGGUGGUGGCGAAGAUCGGAGGUGGCCGCCGUGACGCACGCGGGAGGGGAUUUAGCGCCGUUGGCAUGCUCGCUCCGCUCCGGCGGGAUCGGAAUGGAAGAAGUCUCGUGGUCUGCAUGGCGCCGGAGGAGGAGAAGAUGACCCGCCAAUCCCCUCUCGAUUUCUCCAUCGAAGCAGGAAUAAUGUGUGAGCCAUGUAAAGGUAGAGGAUGGUUGCUGUGCGAUUUUUGUGAAGGAAAGAAGACUUAUGUGAAGGCGGAGAACAACCGGAUUUAUCGCCGUUGCCCAACUUGUAAAGCUGUUGGAUACGUUAUAUGUCAAAAGUGCAAAGUCUUCAAGUGUGUCACUUUUCCAGACUAUAGUGAUGGCAUGGAAGGCGUCGAUAAAUUCGGGCGGUAUCCAGGGGACUUUUAGAGGGAUAUUAAGAGCAUUACAUAGGAAAACUAUUGGUUGCCUCUUUGAUUGAUCUUCAGCCAGCUACAUGCAAAGUUGCUAGAGGCUCGGUGUUGUUGAUAAGAUAUGCAGUGCGUGAAACGGCUGCAGGGUUCAUUGAAGCUUGUGUUGGAGAUAAUUCAAUUCUUUUAGUAGAAAUAUGUCUUUUAAAGUAUUUGGUUGUCAAAAUAGCGAAGAAUUCUUUUUCCUCCACGUGUGAGGCUCCAAUGAUUACUUCUAGGGAUAGAAUGAUCUAUCCUAUCGGCACGUCUUCCAGGUAGUGCCAUAAGAACCAACAAGACUUUCAGUGAUCUAGCACUAUAGAAUAAAUCUCACAAGAAAAGGUAAGCCCCAGAGUAGUGCAAAGCUCAGAGAAGAAGUAUAGAAACCACAAAAGGUUGAAGGAGGAAACUGAUAAAUAUGAACCACCACUUGAACACUUCUCUUAUAGAGGCAAAUAUGCCGCCAUGGGUGGCAGAGAAGUGUAAAAACCACAAAAGGUAGGAGGAGGAAGCUGACAAAUAUGAACCACCAUCUGAACACUUCUCUUAUAGAGGCAAAGAUGCUGCCGCGGGUGGCCAAGAAGGACUACAGCUGCAGAUAGCCAAUAGGAGCUAGUGCUUCAACGGCUAGUUUGACUAAGAGAAAUAGGUGUUCUUCGGUAAGCUAAAAAUACAGUAAAUAGUUGUAUUUCUUUCGGUUGCAUACUAUACAUAGUUAGACUGGAAGGGCUAGUGGUGUUGUAUUUUAAUUUACAGUUGGUUGUUGUAUUAUGGAUGUUUGUAUGUACAAUGUUGCUUUGUGUUUUAAGUUUUUUCUAUACUCUGAUACA